CUCAAUCGUUGAUGCUCUAUUUGAUAAAGUCAUCACGAGUACCUAGCAACUGCCUUCAACCCUCUUCCAAUCAGCUUUCAUCCUCCAUCUCCCUUCGCUCUAGAACUCUCGAAUUGUAUAUACAACCACCACUGGGCUAGAACCUAUUGAAUAUCCCGAAAUAUUACGGAUACAAACGAUCGAAGACAACGGAUAAUACACAAUGUCGGGAGCUGGAGACCGAGAAGCUGUCUUCCCGACGAGACAGUCGUUGGGUAUCAUGAAGUCGAAGCUCAAGGGAGCCGAGACGGGCCAUAAUUUACUGAAGAGGAAGAGCGAAGCCCUAACCAAACGUUUCCGAGAAAUCACACGCCGAAUCGACGAAGCGAAGCGCAAGAUGGGACGUGUCAUGCAAAUCGCCGCCUUCUCUCUCGCAGAAGUUUCGUAUGCUGUAGGAGGCGAUAUUGGCUACCAAGUGCAAGAAUCCGCCCGAUCGGCGCGCUUCCGACUUCGCACCAAGCAAGACAACGUCUCCGGUGUGCUUCUUCCCGCCUUCGAGAGCUACCUGACAGAGGGGAACAACGACUUCGGCCUUACUGGUCUAGGCAAGGGUGGACAGCAGGUCCAGCGGUGCAGAGAGACUUAUGCCCGUGCAGUCGAGACGCUGGUUGAGCUAGCUAGUCUGCAGACUGCCUUCGUGAUUUUAGAUGAGGUUAUUAAGGUUGUGAACCGAAGAGUAAACGCAAUCGAACACGUCAUUAUCCCCCGAACAGAGAACACCAUCAAAUACAUCAACUCAGAGCUCGACGAGCUAGACCGAGAAGAAUUCUACAGACUGAAGAAGGUAGCAGGCAAAAAGCAACGCGACACCGCAGCAGCAGAUGCCGAGAUGAAGGCGAAGAAAGAGGCGCAAGAAGCAAAGGAAGGACAGGAGAACGUCAAACCCGACGACUCGGCGCCGACUGAUAUGCUGGCCACCGGCGAGGACGACGAUGUGAUUUUCUAGAAUGAAGUAUGGUUUGUUGAGAUGAUGAAAUGAUGGAAGGAGGGGAGUUAGCCGGGACCUGAACUAUGUUAUCCGUUGGGUUCGUCGGCUUGUCGUUAGUGUAUCUGUACUCCUAUUGUGAUACCAAGAAGUUGAAAUGACUUUGGAUUCCUCUAUUUUAUAAUCCGCACCAGAGCAAAUUAAGAGAACAUGAA